CCCCCACCCCACCUUUGCUCACUUCACUUGAUUUGAUGACACAACGACAACUUUUUUCCCGACACAAAACACGGUUCAGGCACUUGGACGGACGUUUUCUCCCUCUUUGCGGGGCGCGUUUAGGGCUCGGUGCUCGGACGCAGCCAUGAACAUCAUCGGGGCCGAGGACGAGGACUUUGAGAACGAUCUGAACGAGGUGGUGGACGAUCAGUGCUUUUUCAGCAGCAUUGAAAUGCUGAAGGAGCGGCCCGCCCACCUGCUGGUCUUCAUGCAGCACGUCAUCCUCCAGUUUGACCCGGCGCCGCUGCUUUGUUACCUCCACGCCGACCUCCUGAAGAACCUCAAUGCCAAAGAAACCAAGAAGCAGUUUGUGGAGUUCCACAACACCUUCUUGGACAAGGGUGCAAUCCUCAGAGUCACAGUACCUCCUGUCAUAGCCACUGAACUGGACCGGACGCGCCCGGACAUGCUUUCGGAAGACUUCCAAAGACGAUUUGCCUACGAGGUCCAGUUGGAACAGGCGGGCGAGGUGGCCAAGCAGCUGGAGGACUUCCGGAAAAAGCGCAAGAUGGGGAUGACGCCUAAUGAGGCAGAGCUGAUCGACGUUGAGAGCCACUACCCUACCGACCGCAUCCCCUUGGAAAUGAAGGAGAAGUCGGUCGCCGAGAACCUGCUGGACAAGAUGUCCGAGACGCAACCAACAAUUGUCUCGGAUGAGGAGAAAUGCCAGUCCAUCUUUUCGGCAGUGGCCUACUAUAUGAAGCACUUGGGGGUUAAGACCAGGGCGGUGGACAGCAAGAAGUCUCGAGGGGGCUUCUUCCGCAGUAAGCUGGUCAAGAACAAGAAGGACGAGUCCACAAAGACCAAGCCCAGGGGCGGCUUCCCCGGGAUACCGAGCUGGAUUGCUGGCAACCCUGAGGUCAAACCUAAAAUGGAAGCCGAAGCGGACAGGGAGAAAGGGAGUCAGGAGCGUAAAGGUCCAACGCCCGUCCGGGGAAACUUCGCCGACCCGACGGCGCCCGCUCUCCCCGGCAGGAAGUUGGGAUCCGGCUCUGGGGGCGGCGGUUCCGGCCCCUUGCCUUUGGUGGAGAUCACCGACGGUUCGGGAAACAACGCCAGCCUGAGCAACAGCCCCGAGGCCCUGCACCCUGAUGGGCUCCCCAGCAAUCGUCUGGAGCCGCUCAUCUUGUCCGAAUGGCCUGACGUCUCCCCCAUAGGCCCGGGGGCCUCGCUGGGCGUCGGGGAGCCCUUCUUGGUCAGCGACACCCCCAUAGAGGAGAACCCAGAGAAAGACAGACGCAGGACAAGUAAGAAGGUCGCGCGUAGCGAGAGCGCUCGCGUGGCCCGCCAGCCCUCACGCCGUCGCGGCUCAUCCCGGGCCAAACAGUCGCGCUCUCGUAGCGACGUGGACCUGCAGCCGCUGUCAGCCGCGGCCACGCUCGGCUCCCAUUUCAAUGAAGGAGCGACAACAGCUGUUUCGGAGGGCUCCGGGUCGUCGCCCGCUAGCCCCGCCCCCCAACUCGAGGAGAUGGAGCCGCGCCUGCUGGAGUUCGAGCAGGAGCCGCCCAACUGGAAGGAGCUGGCCUCCCCGGAGGUGCUGUCCAGCCUAAGCAAAAAGGAGACCAAGCGGCAGGAGGUCAUCAACGAGUUAUUCGCCACAGAGCACGCUCACGUGCGCAUGCUAAGCGUCCUCCAGAUGGUCUUCUCCAAGCCUCUGGAGCGAGAGGAGCUCCUCACCUCCACCGAGCUGUCAGCCAUCUUCCCCAAUCUGGACGAGAUCAUCGAAAUGCACUAUCACCUCUACGAGAACCUGAAGAAACUUCGUGUGGAGGAUAAUUUUAUCGUCAAAUCUAUCAGCACCACUGUUCUCAACAGAUUUGAGGGCACGGAAGGGGAAUGGUUCCAGAAGCUGACGGCCCGCUUCUGCAGUCACCAGUCCUGGGCCCUGGACCAGAUCAAAAGCAGGCAGAAGAAAGAGGCUCGCUUCAAUGCCUUCAUCCAGGAGGCGGAGAGCAAGCCACAGUGUCGGAGGCUGCAGCUGAAGGACAUCAUUCCCAUCGAGAUGCAGAGGCUCACCAAGUAUCCGCUGCUCCUGGAAAACAUCGCUAAGAACACAGAGGAUCCCGGUGAGAAGGAGCGCGUCCAUCAGAGCGCCGAGUGCUGCCGAAAGAUCCUCAACCACGUCAACGAGGAGGUCAAAGACAUGGAGAAUUUUCUGACGCUCAAGGACUACCAGCGGCGAUUGGACACGUCAGGACUCAAGCCCAGUAAUGAGCUCUAUACGGAAUACAAGAACAUAGACCUGACGCAGAAGAAGAUGCUCUAUGAAGGCCCCCUCACUUGGAAGGUCACCAAGGAGAAGGCUGUCGAGGUGCAGUGCGUGCUUCUGGGCGACCUGCUGGUGCUCCUGCAGAGGCAGGACGACAAGAUGGUGCUCAAGUGCCAGAGCAAGAGCAUCAUCGCCGUGCAGGAGGGCAAGCAGAUGCUCAGCCCCAUCAUCAAGCUCGACUCGGUUUUCCUGCGCGAGGUGGCCACCGAUUUAAAGGCCUUCUACGUAAUCUUCACCUGGGACAGCGGCGCCCAGAUCUACGAGCUGGUAGCUCAGUCCGUCGGCGAGAGGAAACUUUGGACCAACGUGAUCAAAUCGGCAGUUGAUGAUCUGAAGAGGAGCGGAGCACCCAUGAGGAUCACCUUCCCUCCUGGAAGUGGAGCCGGAUUUAAUCCUUCUGGGCUGAGCGCCCCUCAGAGCCCCACAGAAAAUGGCGGUUUGAAGAGUAACCCUGAUCGCGACAAGGACAGCUUGAGCGACGACAAGCCAUCCGAUCCCCGGCACUCGCUGAUCGACUUCCUGUCUGACAAAGGCUUCGACCUCCUCGGACACUCCAACAGCGAUCAGGAGAAGAUAGCCGCCAACGCCCUGGACGAAGUCAUGCUGCUGAAGAGGCUGCUGGUUGGGAGCAUCAGCCUUUUGGAGGAUGGAGAAAAUGGGGAGGAGCCCAGUCGAGAAAUGGACGGCUGUCAAUCAACAGAAUGCCAGCUGGCGGAGCGCGGCCCCGACGGGGAGAAAGAAGGCUACGGCUCCAAGGGGGACACGGAGAGCCUUCCCUCGGAGACUGCCAGCCUGGUCUUGUCCCCGGAGAGGAUGGUGGAAGUGUGCCGGAGGCUCGCCAGCCUGGAGCAGCAAAUCAAGAAACUCCAGACGGUGGAAGAGGAACAUCACAGGCUACAGGAGGCUUUGUCCAAGUUCUCGUUGGAGGGCGGUGACUUUGCCUAAGAUCCCAUCACGCCACCUGCUGGCCAUUAGGUGCAGUGUGUAGAACAUCUGCUCCUAUGUAACUGUGAUGCCUUCAAAUGAAGCGUUGACUGAUGAAUCCUUGUUUUUUUUUUUUUCUGUUUAGACUUUUUUUUUCUUUUUUUUUUUAACUGGUGCUGAUUUGGAGUGCAAGAAGCUUUUCCGAAAACGUCGGCGAGCCUUCCCUUCGCAAAGAAAACGCUCUGAUAUGUCCUGGAUAUUUGCUGGAAGCCGAGCGAGGGGAGGAAAAUGGCUUUUGCGGCCAGUGCUGUGGGAUGUGUGCGCUUGUGUACGCUACAUUGUAGCAUGAUGUUGCAUCGCCGACUGUUAUGCAGCGCAGCAUUCCGCUGAUUUGCGUAGCGCUGUGCUCCGUAACAUUACAAAGCGCGGUGUGUUAGCGUUCUGUUACGGAACAUUAACGGCGUGUUACAUUCUGCAACGUUGCGUGGCGGUAUAGCAUUAUGCUGCCUAGCGUAGUGCAACGUAACAUUGUGUCGCGUUGCACGGAUAUGAAAGAGCCAAAAAUAUAAGGACCUCUUUUGAGUGCUUAUUUGCAGAGAGGUUCCAAAAACAAGCGACAGAAUCAAUCCUUUUUCUUGCCUCAGAGGAAGUGCUUGAUCCUCACAUAUUCCCCGCUGAAGGAAUCAAGUCAAGUCAAUCAUGAAUCACAAGAAAUCACUCAUACUACCCCCUCCCAAAAAAUAAAAACUAAAAGAAAACAUGCAAGUUGCCUUAGGAAGCCGUUGUUACAAAAAGCUGCACGGUGUUAUUUCUUUGCCAAAGUACAACGAAAAUGCACAUCUUUUAUUCUUAGCGUUGAAAGUGAUGACGAGUAAAAGGCGCGUGUGGAUGUGUGGGGGUUGUUGAUUUUUCUGGACGCUUCUGACCGUAACACUUGUCUUUACGAAAUAGGGCUCACCCAACAAAGCUGUUAAUAAUGGAGAUCUUCUUUGUGUUGACUGCUAUUUAUUCCUUUUUGGUUUUUUUGCCCCGAGUGGACUCGAGUCAGCGCUGGGCCCAACCGAGAGCGUUGACGUAGACGUGAAAGCUAACAUAGGAAGUAGAACAAAUGCAACGGAGUAAACGCGUGUCAGGAGUUUGGUUUGAGUGAAGAAGAUGCAAGUCGAUAAUAGUUGUUAUCAGAACAGCGGACGAUGUCGGAGUAGGAUCGGAAAGUUAGGCAAUACCAUAUUUUCUCAAAUUGUGGUCACCCCUUCCAAUAGAUCGACCGGUGUUAUCCACUUAUGGAAAAAUGAAUGCCUCCCUCAGGGAAAGAAACGGUAGUGUCGCGUCUUACUACAGACUCGUGCAGUAUUAAAGCUGAUCGUAUCAAAUGUGACGCUUAAAAUAAAAAAAAUAAUGAAAUGAAAAAUAAAUGCCUGUACCGACCAAAUAUAAACAACCAUUUCAACUCCGCUGCUAACCAAAAACAGCAGCACCUACCAAAACCGAUCAAUCAAAGUGUGGAGACUUAUGCAAACACGUUCUUUAAAGCUAAUUUUAGUAGUAAAAAUUGUGACUGUUUGUUUGAUGCCCCUCUAACAAAAUCAACCUUCAUUUACAUCACGAAUGUAGACAUAAAGUUCAUCAAUGCCGUCCUCCAAACACGGCAUCGUAAUUCCACAGAAGGAAGGGUUGCUAUUUUUGGGAAUAGUCCACAAUGGUAAAACCGGAGGGCUCAGCGCUGCUACGCUUGCAGAUGACUGACAUGAGUCUUCAACACCAUUUACAUUGGUGAUUUUCUUAAGCAGUGCCGGACCAAAGAGGCAAAAAUGAUGCUCCUAUUUCAUGUACACUUUUUUUUUUUUUAACUCUCCACGUGGUGCCUGCCCCGCAAAUAAACAGAGUACUUAUUUCGAAUGUAUUUGAAAGAAACCCAAAAUAGAGCAGAAAGGGUGCCCAAUGUAAAAUCAUUUUUGGCGGCAAAUUGUGACGCAGUCCAAAACGCAGACCGGAGAAGACCUUGAUCGUAUGACGUAUGAAUUUGAUUUGGAUGUGCCAAACGCUUGAGGUUGAAAACGUACUAUGAUUGUAUUGUUGGAUGGAGGGGGGUGGGGGGUGGGGGAGGGUUCACAUAAUACAUGUUACCAUUUCUAUAGAGUCUUGGAAUUGGCCAAACAAUGAGAAUUUAUAGCUCGCAACUUGUAUUAUAUUUCCAGAAUGUACCAUAUUUGUCUCUUAUACGUGAUGACUAUGCAAGAAGUAUACUGUGUAUUUUGGGUUUUGAUUUUACUGAGGCUGUUUAAAUGAUGUACACUUUAAGGAAAACAAAUGUGGUACGUAGUUUUUUUUUUUUAAUAAAUUGGGGAAAUAAGUGUC